AUGGACCUGGAGACGACAUAUGGCGAACUGCGCCCGGUUGUGUCCGCCUCGUCGGCGUUCGACUGGGCCGAGGCGCUCGACUGGACGCGACCCGGCGCCGUGCUGCAGUGGCGCCAACAGACGGAGGGCGUCGAGGCCGUCAGCCGCCGCCUGCAGGACGCCCGGGUCGACGACGAGGCCGACGAGCCGGUCACCGACGAGGACGAGUCGCGCUGCGAGUCGGCGGCGGCGCGGCACGACGACCCUAUCGACCUCUCGUUCGGCGCCCACCCGCUCAGCUGCUUCCCGUCGCUGGCGGCGCCGGCGCGCGCGCGGCUCUCGCUGGCGGACGGCAGCCACGACCUGUUCGGGCUGGAGCAGCUGCUUCAGCCGACCGGCACGGCUGCCGAGCUGUCACACCAGACGGUGGUCGAGGCGCUAGGCGACUCGGCUUCGCUCCCGGCUCUCUCCGAGCCGGUCGUCUCCUCAUGCCUGGCCGACGCGCUCUACGAUGGCAAGUUCGUGGUGACGGGUCUGCACUCGGGACUGCCGCCGCCGCCGCCGCCGGCCGCGCAGCCGGCACAGCAGCCCGAGUCGUCGACGGGGCCAGCGUGCCGCUCGCCCGGGCCGAUCCGCGCCGGCCGCAGCUCACCCCGCUCGCCGCGCUCCGUCGGCGGCGACGCCGGCGCCGACGGCUCGGUCAGUCUGGACGUGCGCGUCGGUCAGCUCCACCAGCGGCUUGGUCUCCCCGAGACGCACGCCUUCGAGUUCGUGAACGGCGGCCACGGCAUAAAGAACCCGCACGCCAGCGAGCGUGCCCUCGAAGUGGAAAAACUGCCGCCCAUCAUCUGCGAGGAGGACCCCAAGACGUACAUGUGCCGGCUCUGCUCCAAGAAGUUCAACCUGCUGCGACUGCUGAACCGGCACAUGAAGUGCCACUCGGACGUCAAGCGCUACCUCUGCACCUUCUGCUGCAAGGGCUUCAACGACACGUUCGACCUGAAGCGACACACGCGCACCCACACGGGCGUCCGGCCCUACCGCUGCAUGCUCUGCGAGAAGUCGUUCACGCAGCGCUGCUCUCUGGAGUCGCACUGCCUGAAGGUGCACGGCGUGCAACACCAGUACAACUACAAGGAGCGGCGCAACAAGAUGUACGUGUGCGAGGAGUGCGGCACCACAUCCAUCGAGCCCGAGGCGCACUACUUCCACCUGAAGGAGCGACACCCCAACAGCCCGGCGCUGCUCAAGUUCUACGACAAGCGCCACUUCAAGUUCAACUCGAACUUCAACUCUAUGAUGCUGCAGUCGCGGUCGUAACUGCGGCACGGCCGCUAGAGGCGCUGGCGUCGCCCGCGGCCGACAGCCGACGCCAAACUGAGGCUGCGCUUAGUGCGAAAUGCGAGAAAACGGAAGCCGUUUUGCUCGAGACGGUAAUUCACAUGCGCGUUAUGGGUUGGCGUAUAUUUUACCCGACGUUGAGUCUGAGAGAGCGCUGCUAACCCGACAUAAAAAGGUGUUUAUGUGACAAGGUGCUGUCAAGAGCAUAGCUUUUACGCAUCAAGAUGAGCUACUAUUCGGGAGUUUGCAGGUGAUUGUAGAAAUUGUCCGCCUCAACGCCAACGUAGGGCAUCGAAAACGUGCUGCAGGAUGGCAUCCGCAAGCGGCACCAGCAGCUGGUCCGUGCCGUGCGGGCUGCGCUCUGGCCGGGGAACGCUGUCCGGCUCUGGAAAGGUGGCUUCGACCGGCUGCAGUUGACAGCUAUGGGGGCAUUUGUGUGCGGGCAGCGGGGAUGCUGCGCGGCUGCGAUGGCGAUGCCCAGCUGUGCCUUCGUGUCCAGGAUGACGGCCACGGACGGCCAACGCAUGACGAGUAUGGGAUCGCGGUGAGCUGUCGUGUGCGCACUGUCGGUCAAUGGCGGCCGCCCUGCACGUGGUCGGACGGUCACGGCUUCCCAGCGACGAAGGGACCACAGGAGAGCGGGUAUACUUUUGAAAAUGUAUCAGCCCUGUGGCGUUGCAUGGAAAAAUACGGAUGGAAGUCCGUUUCCGCCCGCCUCCCAAGCUUUCGGGGCUGGUGCGCGUUUGCGGCUGUCUGAGAAGUGAGAAGGAUCGGGCAGGCGCGACUGUCCGUCGGCAUGAGAGAGUGCGACGGUCUGAUCUCGCGUCGCUUUCCGUCCAGAGGUGCGUCCGAGAGCGGCCGUGACCUGCCGGCCCCGCCGCCGGCGCCCCGUGCCGCGCGUGCAACCUCCGCUGGCCGGCCACCUGCCGCCAGAGCGGCGGCUACAAAUUCCCACAGCGCAGGCAGAGUUUGAGCAGGAGUGAUCCGACUGCAACAGAGGCGGCCGCAGACGAGGGGCUUGCACCUCUCACCUCACCUGACCAAGCUGUUUGUCGACGUACGUUCGCCACUGCAUGUGAUACAAAUUCCGCGACUUAACAAUAACCCAACUGCCAAUGGCGUGCUCAUUCCAGCGGCGGGUAGCCUCGGACGGGUCAGGCCGGGUCGGGUCGGGCCGGCGCCCGGUGAUGGUGGGUCUCCCCGGAGCCGGGCAGGCGGCGGUACCGCACCGGCGGCCACGUCAGAGUACAAAGCGGGGCCUGGAGGUCGGACCGUCGCAGGCGCCGCCCGCCCGCAGCUGAGCGGGCUGCGCGUGUGGUGUCCGAACUUGGCGCGCGUGUGCGGACGUGCAGCAAUAAAGCAUUGGUCGCGG